UCUGAUGAGGAGAAGAUGCACUAUCAGAAUGGUCAUGUAUCAUUCCCUGAUUCACGGUUCUAUAUCGACCCACACACCUAUGAGGACCCCUGCCAGGCAGUCCAUGACUUUGCUCGAGAAAUUGAAGCAUCCAGGAUCAAAAUAGAAAAAAUCAUUGGUUCAGGAGAGUUCGGAGAGGUUUGUUACGGACGCAUGAGGCUUCCGGGGAAACGAGACAUCCCAGUGGCGUUGAAAACGCUGAAGGCAGGGUACACAGAGACACAGAAGAGGGACUUCUUGGCAGAAGCCUCCAUCAUGGCCCAGUUUGAUCAUCCAAACGUUAUUCGGCUUGAGGGGGUGGUAACUCACAGUAAACCGGUGAUGAUCGUCACAGAGUACAUGGAGAAUGGCUCUCUUGACGCCUUCCUAAGGAGGCAUGAUGGCCAGUUCACCAUCAUCCAGCUGGUUGGCUUGCUGCGCGGCAUUGCGGCAGGUAUGAGCUACCUGUCUGACCUAGGAUACAUCCAUCGGGACCUAGCCGCCCGCAACAUACUGGUCAACAGCAACCUGGUGUGUAAGGUAUCAGACUUUGGCCUGUCCAGGGUUCUGGAGGAUGACCCAGAAGCUGCAUACACCACCAGUGUGAGUUUUCACAUUGAGGGUGGAAAAAUUCCAAUUCGAUGGACGGCUCCCGAGGCAAUUGCAUACAGAACGUUUUCCUCCUCCAGUGAUGUGUGGAGCUAUGGUGUGGUCAUGUGGGAAGUAAUGUCCUAUGGAGAGCGGCCAUACUGGAAUCUCACCAACAGAGAUGUUAUUAAAUCUGUGGAAGAGGGCUACAGGCUGCCUGCCCCUAUGGGCUGCCCGGGUGCUCUACACACACUUAUGCUGGAUUGCUGGCAGAAGGAUCGCAAUGAGAGACCCCGCUUUUGCCAGAUAGUUACUAUCCUCGACAAGCUGAUCCGCAACCCGGAAAACCUGAAGUCCAUUGAUACACUCUGCAGUUUAAGCAGUCCUCCGUUGAUGGACAGAGCUAUCCCUGAUUUCAACAGCUGUAACUCAGUGGACGAGUGGCUGGACACGAUAAAAAUGGGCCGCUACAAGGAACGCUUUGCAGAGGGAGGCUAUCACACUUUGGGACAUGUCAUAAGCAUGAAGCAAGGGGACAUCCAGAGGCUCGGCGUGACACUGAUGGGUCAUCAGAAGAAGAUCAUGACCAGUGUCCAACUAAUGAGAGCACAAGUCCUAAACAAGAGUGUUUCAUCCGUCCACGUAUAACUUCAGGUUUCUAACUGCAUUAGAGACCAAAGCUUUUCUAAGACUGACAAGGAUUCUUUGAGAAACCAGAGAAGAUGGAAGAAGAUGCUAUUAAGGAACUUCCAAACGUUUUUUAAAACAAAGUGUAUGAAUAAGCAAGGAAACGCAUUCUUUGGGACCUACUUUUUUUUUGUUGUUUUUGUUUUUUUUUUCAACUGAAUUGAAUUUGAACACUGAAAAUUCUGCCUUUAUUACUACAUAUUUUAAGUUUCUUCUUUACAAUGAAAUAAUUAUUUAUUAUUUAUGUAUCUGAGGAUUAUGUAGCAACAGGCAGGUUCUUUAAAAACUGCAAUAAUUUUAAAAGUAUAUAUCUCUGAAUGAAGAAAAAAAGGGAAAGAACAUCCAUCAGUGGUUUAAAAGAAAUACUUUAUCCCAGGCUUUUUUAUUCCAACAAACGUCUCCUCUGAUCAUGUUGCUUCUACCACUAGGUGCCCCCCCCCACCCCCGCCCCGAAAACUGGUCAUCUUGCAGCUGCAUGGCGCACAAUGAUUGUACUUGCAAAAUGUGUAUGAUUGAAAUAUAGAGCACUUUAUUCUACAGUCUUUCUGUGAUCAAAAGGUUUUUCAGUUGAGAGACAGACCUGAACACAAUCAAUUAAACACAACAGUAGCUGAAGAAUUUAAUGAAUUAUCAAAUAUCUAUUUAUCAGACAAAAUUUAGGCAAAUCUAGAAGUUAAAAGCUCUCAGACUGUUGGGAGAUGCUAGUUUAUGUUUGCAUUGAAAAAUCUGCUGCCAGCCUGAUGAAUAAGAUUCUCUACCUCAAAUGCUCAACAGGGGGCAGACCUGGACCGCAGGCGCGCCGGUGAAGAACCGAUCUAUUGCUUGUCUUUUUUUAAAAGAAACAUGAAACCUCUGAGAAAAGAUGCUAAAAGUCUCUAAUAUCAAUAUCUAUAUUGAUCUGAUUUUUGUCAAGUCCAGUAAUAUCUGGAUCUUUCUACAUUUUAGGAUAUACUUUGCUUUAGGUCCCUGUUUUGAUCUGUUAUUGAAAUAUGCCUGGCCGACUAAGAAAUAAUAAUAAUUAUGAUAAUAAUACAAAGAAAUGCUUAAGACAAUAAUUUUUUAGCAUUAAUGCUAAAUAGAUCAAACGUCAGACUAAUAAACCCUGUAGCAACAACAGAGUGGCUUUCAUCUUGGUAAAAUAUGUCUGCUCAUGUUUGUUUUUAACAUCAACUAUACUGUUUUGAGAAUAUACAACAGUGCUAAAGUUCUGUUUGAAACAGUUCUGGCAUUAAAUACAGGUUUUCAAAUAAUUUUUUGUAUUUGCAGAUGUAUAAAACCAAGAACCUCUUGACAUGCGGAAAAGCAAAAUCCUGACUUUAGGCCAGAUUACCUCCAGACAGACUCAUUAGGCCUUAAUGUCUGGCCUUAAAAUGUGCUUCUAUAGGAAUGCAAAAAAAUUAAUUCAUCAAACCCAAGUCCCAGUCUGGGUUAUUUUUAGACCAACAUUAAUGUAAUUAUAGGAGGCAAUUUAAAUCAGUUAUCAUCUUCUUGUUUUUCUCUGUGCUGAUCAGGACAUGUUUCUACCAGUUCACAAGCAUCAGCUGUCUGCAUUCUGACUCAUCCUCAGAAGCCGAAUCUCUGAGAUUCAUCUAAGAACUUCUGAAGAUGGCAACCUGGUGAUUUGCGAAAUUAGAGAAAUCUACAGUGUAGAAUGGGGAGAGGGCAAAUCCACUUAUCUAGCUCCUCUAACUUUAAUGCAUAUUUUCUUCAACACCUGAAUGAAAUAGGUGACCUUUACAAGGAGAGCUGAGCUUUAGUCUCUCCUUCUGCUCACGGUAUAGAUUCUAGUCCUGGAACCACCGCUGCUAUAAGACCAUCCCCAAGAUGCAGAUGUUCACACGACUAUCGUUGCACAUAUUCAGAAAUUUAAAAUCCAUGGGACUGUAGCCAAACUCUUGGCACGUGGCCACCAGUGUUAAUAGACGAAGACUAUGACGAAAAAUACUCGUCAAUGAACCUUUUUCACAGGACUUAAACUAAAUAAAAACUAAACAAAAAGUGAGAUAUGAUGACUAAGACUAUUAUGAAAAUAACUGACACUUUAAUCAACGAAUAAAAACGAGACAAAACUAUUAGGGAGGGAUGAACGGUGAUCCUAUCAGAAUUACUUUUUUUGUGGGACAAAUUGGGAAGAAAUCCAAUCAAAAGUUAGUUGCCAACCGCCAUAGAAAGAAAUCCAGGUGGCGGUAAUGCGCCAUAAAGCUGUGCGAAGAAGGAGAAGAAAAAGAGAGCGCGUAUGGUUGAAGCAUAGAAGCAGCAUUUUCGUAGCAGUAGUAGCCUUUCAAAAAUCAAAUGAAUAAUAGACAUGUUACAACAGCUAGGGCGAAAAAGAAGAGUUGAUAUCUGGGCACUCUUCACAUACGACACUAAGGACAACAAGACAGCCUGCAAACCGUGUGGAGCCAAAAUAUCCGGAAAAAACACCACUAACUUGAAACGGCAUUUGCAGAUGACUCAUCCAGAGAUACAUGCGAAGGUAAGCAUACACGCUAAGCAUACAAGGUUAUUUUUUAUUCGAUUAACCGCCGUGUUUGCGCUAAACUUUCAGGGAGCAAAGCCACAGUUAAUCUUUUUGAAUUUCAAAAUAAAAUACGUUUUGUAUCUGUAACUGUUCAAUAUGUGUCUAAAUCUAGAUAGAUACUUUAUUGAUCCAGACUGAGACAAAACUAAGACUAAAAGACUUAAGACUAGACUAAGACUAAACCUCUUUUGACAUUUAGUCGACAAAAACUACACUAAGACUAAAAGAUUUCAGAUGACUAAAAUAUGACUAAAACUAAUUGGUGUGUUAUUCAAAAGACUAAGACUAAAACUCUUUUGACAUUUAGUUGACAAAAACUAGACUAAGACUAAAAUAUUUCAGAUGACUAAAAUAUGACUAAAACUAAAUGGUGUGUUAUUCAAAAGACUAAGACUAAAUCAGAAUUUGCUGUCAAAAUUAUCACUGGUGGCCACAGGAGGAAAUCUGGUGACAAAUGAAAUAUAAAUGCUAACAAAACAGCACAAAAAAAAAAACUUCUAUUAGAUUAAAGAUGUUUAACAUCAAGCACAGUGAACAUGGGUGUCAGAUGACACCAUGAAAAAGCCAGACUGGAAUUCACUAAACUACAUGUGGAGAAUUGCAUGGACAGAUGAGAUGGAAAGGAUGUUUUAUGUCACAGCACAUUAACUCUAUGUUCUCAGACAGACACGAGGAGUCUCUGUUAUGUUUACUUCCUCUGGAACAGGGUGCCUUGAAUCUCUACAGGGUACAGUUAAAUCUCAAGACUAUCAAGGAAGAUUCUCCCCAAUCUCAGAAAGUUACAGGAAUCAUUUAUUUUCUAUUACUACCUCAAAAGGUUGUGCAACAAAAUAUAAAGUUAUGGAUAACAUGUUUUUUUUUUUCCAGGCCUGUUUAGUAUUUUUAAUUUUUUUUCAAUCAAUCUGUUCAGCAUGUUUGAAAAGAAAUGCCGGGCUUUCUUUUGUUCCUUUUAAUAGAAUUUGUAUUUAUUAUAACUUUUGUCAGAUUCAGGUUGUUUUUGUGACCAUUGUGGGUUUUGCUUUCAUUAAAUGAGAGGUACCAACAAUUGUGUCCAGGUGUUUACAUCGUUUUAAGAGAGGGUGGGAUUCAGGCUGGUUGUUGCUGAGGUAGGCAGCUUUUACACUGUCUUUGGACUGUAAAUUUUCAGCCAGCAAUAGCAAGCCUGUUAGCAAAACACAGCGGACUGGUAGACUUAACUGUCAGGAUUUGGUGUUGGAUUGAGGACCCAAAAGCAGGACCCCCUUGUGUCCUCUUUCCCUUGCUCUGUUUUCUGUUCUGCCCUCACCUGUUUCCAAUUCCCUCGUUAGCCCUCUCUUUGUCU